GUCAAGGUGUAGUUCGUUCGUCUCUUUCCUCUGUCUUUCGCCGCGUAAAACAGUUUCCCUUUUUUUUCGUCUCUCUCGAACUGAAAACCGUUCCCGAAUCGAAGAUCUAUAUCCUACGUUCGUUUGAUCUCUCAGAAUGAAUCAUAAGGCGCCAAGGAGACACUCAAACAGGAGGGACUUUGGAGUGGAAAGACAAGAAGGUUUUGCAGCGGAUAUAGUUCCGAGAAGACACUAUGCUCCUUACGAGAAUCAUAGAAUGAACAGAGGUCCCUCUAAGUGGUCAAGGAAUCUGGUUUGGACGGCAUCUGAUGGCAACAGGCCAAGUAAGAACGAUAACACCCAUGGGUCAUCGAAACCAGCAGUCUUAGGCACAGGGUCUAGUGUGUCAAACCAGCUGAGAAAGAAUGGUGGGUAUGUGCAAAGAAGCUCGUCUGUUUCGAACAACAGAGGUUGGGGGUCGAGAGACAAUGGCAGUCCCAAUCCUAGGGAUUGUAUAUGUAAGUUUUGGAAAGCUGGAAACUGCAAGAGGGGUGAUCAAUGCCAGUUUUUGCACUCUUGGUGUUGCUUCCCUGGAAUGGCUAUGGUAGCUUCUCUUGAAGGACACAAGAAGGAUCUAAAAGGGAUUGCACUUCCUACGGGUUCAGAUAAACUCUUUUCCGCCAGUAGCGAUGGUACAUUGCGCAUAUGGGACUGCCACACUGGCCAGUGUGUUCAUUCAACCAACCUCCAGGCAGAAGCAGGGUCUCUAAUCAGCGAAGGAUCAUGGGUUUUCCUUGGCUUGCCAAAUGCUGUAAAGGCUUUUAACGUUCAAACCAGUAAAGAGUUGCAUCUUAACGGGGUGGUUGGUCAGGUCCAUGCUAUCACUGUUGCAAAUGGAAUGCUUUUUGCUGGGACAAGUUCUGGUAGCAUAUCUGUCUGGAAAAUUACUGACAUCGAGUCUGAACCUUUCACAUACCUCACAUCUCUCGAGGGACAUCAUAGUGGCCAAGUCACGUGUUUUAUUGUUGGAAGAGAGCGACUUUACUCUGGCUCUGUGGACAAAACAAUAAAGGUGUGGGAUCUCAACACACUGGAAUGUACAAUGACCUUGAGGCAACAUACGGACACUGUCACGUCGCUCUUAUGUUGGGAUCAGUUUCUGUAUUCGUCUUCAUUGGAUGGAACAAUAAAAGUAUGGGCUUGUUCUGAAGAUGGCAGUUUUAAAAUCGUGGAUACGCGUAGACAAGAACAGAGCGUGCAUGCUCUUUGUGGGAUGAACGACGGAGAGGUCAAACCGAUCAUGUUCUGCUCUUACCAAAACGGGACAGUCAGCAUCUACGAUCUACCAUCUUUUAAAGAAAGAGGAAAGAUGUUCUCGACGCACACCAUCGGCACACUCACAAUUGGGCAUGACGGACUCUUAUUCAGUGGAGACAAGAGUGGGAAGCUGCGUGUUUGGAACUUAGCUGCCACCAAAGUUUAGCAAUAUUGAUUUAAUAUGUACUUGAGAUAGCAUGAGUUAACAGAGAGAGAGAGCUUCUUUUGUAAUGCCUCGGGGAUAUUGUAAAAAAAUCAGUAAAGUAAAUUGAAUUUCAAAACUCUCUUACUACAUAUACUUGAAAUGGUAUACGCUCUUAUUUUCAUCGUUCAAA